AUGUUGAGCCCUCAAUACCGCGGGAUGGUUCCGAUCAUCGGUAAGAGUAUCAACGCCAAGCCGGCCACCUCACCACUCGCAAAUUAUGGACGCUUCGGCACCCACGGCGGACGACACGGAGGGAGGCCGGGUCCAGUCCCUGAUCCCUGGCCGACGCUGCUUUCCGACAACGACUACUCUCGACCCCUUCUUUGCAUGUCACGUACCGUUGGGUCGCCCAAAUGCAUGCAAGGACACCACGGCUCUGCGACUCAAAUACACCCUGGACGCGGUGUAUCUGCUUAGUGUGCCUGGAUGGUGAAGCCAAUCAUUCAACCCCACCCCCAAAGAUCCUAGGUCCGCCUAGCACCACGUGAGCCAAUCGCCGCACGACGCCGUGCAGCCUUGGAAAGCUACAUACAUGUAGCCUUGUGCCUCUUUGCCACAAUGUUGCUAACUUUUGACACCUAGAUACGCCGUCUCGCAAGAUAGGUGCCGCCCAAGCCCCAUCAUGUGGAUGCUCCACAGCAGACCAGUAAAACAUGGAUAAUUGACAAAUCACAUCAUGGAUGCAACGGUCACUUUGACCGUAUAACAAAAACUUGGCGAGGCUGAUGUCUUAUCGCCCUGCCUUUGCCCCAAGGACUCCGGUACGGCAGCGAGAUCGUUGCUGUGUCGUGAUAUCAGAUUUUUGCAACCGCAUGCACUCUCCUCCGUCUCGUUUCCAAUCACUACCCCGCCAUCAUUUACACCGCUUCCGAAAACACCCACUUGUCGUCGGUCCUGCUAGGCGAUGUACAGCGCUCGCUCAGGACGUUCAAACCCAUCAUGGAUCCACCGUUGGUUCAUGGUUCCUCGGAGACCCAAAGCCUGCUAUAGACUACAGUCCGGUGGUCCAGCUGGUCGAGAUACCACAUCUCCGUCAGCCCAUACUGCCAUGGAUCCCGAUACAUCCAUGGCUCGCCUUCGGCAUGUGCGAUACAGCCAGAAAGCUUUUGCGAAUGUCAACGCGAUUCCUGUCCGAUGCGACAAGCUAUACUCCUCGUAUCCGUUCCACGCCAGUACUCCGUACAGAGAUACUGAUACCCGUCAAGUCCUUGUGGAUUGAACGAAGAUGACAAGCCAGCCACGUCCGGUACCUGAACACCCUGGAAGCUAGGCGACGGUGCACGCGAGAUGGAGUUGAACAUGGAUUUCGAAUCCGUGUCGUGAGCUCCCUACUAGGAGAGGGGGGCAGGACAUGUGGUUGAGGACCCCUCACCCCGGCGAAGAAAGUCUUUAUGAUCACGCUCUAGGCGUGGUUUUACCGCACCCACCCUUGUUUCUAUUGAUUAACCGACCGAGCACCACACCAUCAAGCUCGGCGAGCCGAGCGAUGAGCCACAUGGAUGGCCGGCGUAGGCAGCGUGACACUAUGCUGAGCCUUUUCAAUAUCGGCGUCAGUCAUUUGCCCUUUUGGCAAAGAUGGGACCGGCCGGAUACGGCUUCAAAUGAUGCAUGGUCUCUGCCAGUAGAGGGGACAGAGCAAGAAAGCCUUGGUUGCAAAUUCCAAAACUAUUGCCGGAUACCAGGAACCACAAAGAUGGAAGAUUACUCGCCGACAGCUACUUGAUUUCUGUCUGUGGACAGGCGGAGGGGAGGUGUGGCUCAGGUCUCCAUCUGUCCUAUUCCGUUUCC